CGUUCUGUGGGAGGAAGGCGAGUACUGGCGCGGAGAGAUGACGGACAGAGGGACACAUCAGUGCUUGUGUAAAGGGCAGAAAGAAUCGGGGGGAAUGUUUUGGAUGGGGCUUUAGAGGAAGACAACAGGGUGAAACAUGAAAUAAAGCGAAAAAGGGUUAUUGAGCCUCUUCUUCAUCUCCUCGUUUAUUACACAUUUUAUGAUUUGGGCAAUUGAGUGUUUGCAAUAAUGGGAAGAAGCUACUUCGUGGAGGAAGCUGUGGGACAAUAUUUAUCAGACCUGAGUGCUAAAUCAAAAAAAAUUAUUACUGGUCUUUUAGUAGGGCAGUGUUCCCAGCAAAGAGACUAUGUUUUGCUGGCUAUUCGAACUCCUGUAAAAGAGGAAGAAAGUAACAGUAGUGCAAGCCACCAUACAGACUUGUCUAAUAUUGAUGAAGAAUGGACAGCAGCACAUGCCAGACAAGUAACAAGAAUGCUUCCUGGAGGACUGCUAGUUGUUGGUGUUUUUAUCAUUUCAGUUCCAGAGCUGGCCAAAGAAAUUCAAAAUAUCCUGAGGAAGCUUCUUUUUACAGUAGAAAAGUCUGUAGCUAGAAAGAGAUUGUGGAGCAUCUCAGAAGAAGAUGUCUCAGAUCGAAUGGCGCUUCAUCUGUGUUCAACUACAAAGAAAAUACUUUGUCGUACCUACGAUGUGCAGGAUCCAAAGUGUACAGCUAAGCCAGCCGACUGGAAAUACCAGAAUGCUCUUUCUGCUUCUUGGCUAUCUUUAGAAUGCACAAUUAAUGUUAAUAUACAUAUUCCUCUCCCUGCCACGUUGGCCAGCCACAAUCUAGAAAAAAACACAAGGAAUGGAUUAGGACGUUGGGCCCAACAGAUAGAGGACGCUGUCUUUUUGAUAAAUGGACAAGCCAGAGAGGAAGAUGCUGACUUAAUGGAAGGGCAGAAAAAGUCAAGAGGAUAUAUGCCAUCAGCUACUAGGAAUCUUGAAGUUAGGGUCUUAACAAAAUUGAUGCAAAGUACAAACUCCAGAUCAACAGCUACAGUCCAAAUCUGCAACGGUUACAUAAAUCUUAAAGGAGCUUUAAAAUGUAAAGCUUACAUCCAUAACAACAAGCCUAAAGUUAAAGAUGCUGUUCAGGCCUUGAAGAGAGACAUAAUAAACACUCUCUCUGAUCGUUGUGAAAUAUUGUUUGAAGAUCUACUUGUUAAUGAAAUGCCAGGAAAGAAAAACUCCAAAAGGGAAUACCACAUCUUACCUUGUAGAGUUUUCACUUCCAUUGUGGGAUCCAAUGUGUUGCUUUGUGAUUAUAAAUUUGGUGAUGAGACAAUCAGGGAAAUUCAGGAGCAUUUUCUUGAUAUGAUGGAUCAAGCUGUUCAAUCAGAUGAUUUGCAUAUUGCUGAGGAAAUAAAUACAGUUGAAGUUAGCCUGACAAAGGAAUUCCAAGAUAAUACACAACCAAAGCAAGUGACAAAAGAAAUGCUAUUGUUGAAACUACAUCAAAAUAUGGGAGUGGUGAUAGCUGUGGCAGUUGCCAUAUCUGCAAUAGCUUUCUCCUUUAACUACUUCAGCGAUUAAGCUUCAGAAAGCAAGAACAAACUUCAAAACUCAUGUCAUUACAGAUCUACUGUAAAGGUGCAAGUGUCCUGAACUGAAUACGUUGAGAUAUGUUAUAAUCUAACAAUAGCAAUACAUGGCUCUAAAAAACAAUUAUUCUCUUCAUGGAAAUAAUGUAGAUGGUAUACAUUGCUUUUUGGGGAAAAGAGAGAACUCACAUUGUCAACUGGCAGAUACAAAGGAUUAAUUUUUCAGGGGACAUCUGAAAGAUAACAUAUCUAUUUUAACGUUCUCCUUAAUAAAAUGUAUAAAAACCC